AUGUGGUUCCUGAUCAACUGCAUCGGCCGCAGAGCCGAAAACCUCUUCAUCACCACCCUCGAACUCACCACUCUAUCCUUUAUAAUCGUCUUCCUUAUCACCCCGUUUUGCUGGUACCACAAACCCAAGGACGUCACUCGAGCCAUUGUCCUGACUACCAACACACCAAUCACCGCUAUUCAUGCCCGAUAUCAUCCGUUCCCCGGGUCGAAAUGGUAUCAGACACCACUCGACUUUCUGUCGCGCAACGAAUGGUUCCGUAGUCGUUUUCUGGCGGGUAUUACCUGCAUGUUUAUGUUUGCAUGGAACUUCCAAUUUCCGACAUCCCCGGAACGACUUCUUUGGCGCAUUGCUGCGGCUUAUCUCGUGUGA